UGUCUUCCUGUCCACAGAGGAGCAGUAAAGAUUAUUUUACAGAGCCAAAGAUAAGUUAGAAAGCGGAAGGUUAAGGAGUUGCGAAUGUCAGACUGUAGCAUGGUGGCUUGAGGUUUUUAGUAAUCUGUAGUAAAAUGUCAGGGUGUAAUUUAUUUAGGAUACUGACCUUAACAAAAUGCACCACAACCAACACUACAGCAGUUCUCUGCAGGACGAACGUGUUAAACAGAACACAGACAUUUGGAUAUGCGAAAAAAGUUGCGGCCAAAGGAAAAGGCAAAGGCAUAAUGAAAGAGGAGCUGAAAGGUCCAGAAGUGUGUAAGGACCCCAUCAGACUUACAACUUAUGCAGUAGGAGUUAACAUCUUCAAGCAAGGAGAAGAUCCUAAAUUGAAGCCUCUGGAGGAAUACCCAGAGUGGUUGUUCCAGUUUAACCUGGGAGAAGCAAAAAAGCUGCAUGAGCUGGAGCCGGACACUUGGGAGUAUUGGAAGCGUCUGAGGAAGGAAAACAUUUGGCGUGCCAACAGACUGCAUAAAGGGAAGUCGCUUUAGGUCUUCACCGGUCUGACAGCUGUCACUUUCCUGUCUGGACUGGACUGGAUUACCAUGACAUGAUAUAGUUGUUGUUGUUCAGAGCCCAUGUGAAGUUCCUGAAUGAAAAGCCGUUAGACCAGCUCCUGGCCACUUGCCGAAAAACCUAGAUUCAGAAACAGGAGUUGACAAAAUAUUCUCACUGCAAGGUCCAAUUAGUAGCCAUUGUUGUAGGUCAGAUUUACUUUUCACUUUUCAAAUUCACAUGUCACUGUUUUUUGUCAGUUAUUUUUAAUAAAUGUGAAUGAAUAUUCAACA